UCGUUGCAAAUGCCAUCUCUAUCUCGCCGGCAAGUGAAUUAAAAACAUUGGAUAAUCCGGAUUCCCAAGUAUGCUAAACCUAUCCCUUGUGCUGCGGGUGCAAACCUCCAGACAAGUCGCCUCCUAUGCCACCGCGGCGGCCACCAAGCCAAAGCCUCAACCCACAAAGACGCGUGAAAAGUCCAGAAAGCAGCAGCCGGAGCAGCCCCUAAUCUCGUGCCGGCGCACGCAGUUCAAUUUAAGCCAACACGAGCGCCCAGAUGCCAAGUUCGGCAGCCUGGCACUGGCCUCCAGCGGCUGGCUGCACCACAAGUCCAAGGGCGACUACUUCAUCCUGAAUGCCAGCGUCAGAGCAGAGGAAUUGCAGCGGGAGAUGCAGAGUGUGGAGGCCUUCCUGGAGACCUCAGCUGUAAAGGUUCACCCACAGCUACUGGAGAACCUGCGCGGGGAACUGGGAGUCCGACAGCUGACCGGCAUCCAGGUACAGGGCCUGCCCAUUGUCAACGAGGGCGGCCACUGCCUGAUUGCUGCAGAGACGGGAUGCGGCAAAACCCUAACCUAUCUGCUGCCCAUUUUGGACAGGCUGCUCCAGCAAAAGGCGCCCGAACGCAGGCUCAAUACGCCCCGUGUUCUGAUACUGACACCGGGCCGGGAGUUGGCCACACAGAUAGCCGCGGUGGCCGAGAAGCUCACCCAGGGCACCGGCCUGAAGGUGAGAUCCCUCCUAGGCGGCAACACCAAACAGCUGAUGAUGAGCCCGCAGUUCGAGGAGGUGGAUGUACUGGUGGCCACUCUGGGUGCCCUAAGCAAGCUGGUGACCACUGGCAUCUACCGGAUGGAGCAAGUGCGUCACCUGGUGCUCGAUGAAGCGGACACGCUGCUGGAUGACACCUUUACGGACAAGCUGACCUACUUCCUCAGGCGGUUUCCCUUCCACUUGGUUCACAAGCCGGAUGCCGGUACCCAGCUCAUCCUGGCCUCUGCCACGAUGCCCACAAAUACCAGGGAGAUCUUGCACAGGGUCAUUGAUGUGGACACCAUCCGAGAGGUGGUGAGUCCGCACCUGCACCACCUGAUGCCGCACGUGACCCAGAAGUUCCUGCGCCUGUCCAAGGCCGACCGGCCCGCCACCUUACUCUCGCUGGUCAAGCAGGACCUGGCCAAGCGACGACCCCUGAUCCUGUUCAGCAACAAGUCGGCAACCAGCGACUACGUCUCCAUCUUCCUCAACAACAGCGGCGUGAACUGCCUCAACCUGAACGGCGACAUGCUAAUGAAGAUCCGCCUAGGCCGCUUUGAGCAGUUCCAGAACGGUGGCUGUGACGUGCUCUCCACCACGGACGUGGGCAGUCGUGGCCUGGACACCACCCGGGCCCGGCAUGUCAUCAACUUUGACUUCCCCUUGCACGUCUCCGAUUAUAUCCAUCGCUGCGGGCGUAUUGGUCGCGUGGGCAGCGUGGACAAGGCGCUGGUCACCAACCUGAUCUCGUCGAGACGCGAGAUUGACGUUGUCCAGCGGAUAGAGCAUGCGGCGCGGACGGGCGGCUUGCUGCCGGAUGUGAAUGCCAACAUUAGGAACAUCAUCAACAAGCGAAUAAUGGCCGAGAUGAAGGCGGCGGGUGUGCCCGUUCCACAACAGGCACAGGAGGAGGCCUUUUAGUUGUUGUUUCUUUGUUUUGCGAGUCAAUUAAAGUUGUGUUUUCCUGAA